AUGAUCAUACCUUCUUCAUUCUCAGUGCAGCAUAAGGGCUGCCUGUAUACGGCUGAGAGUCCGCUACUUCUCAGGCGACGAUGCUUAUUGCAUACCAAACAGCAGUUGAAGUACUUAAAAAAUCAUCCUAAGCUUUGUGCACGGGAAGUGGACUGUGCUGGCUGGAGAAGUGGACUGUGCUGGCUGGAGAAGUGGACUGUGCUGGCUGGAGAAGUGGACUGUGCUGGCUGGAGAAGUGGACUGUGCUCCUCUUUGGCUACUAUGAAUAGCUUUGAUUUUGAAUAUUCAUCAUGGAACACUUGCCUAAAGCUAAUAUUUGCUGGUUUCCUAGUUUACUUAGGUUGUUUUCUUUUUUGCCACCUUGUGUCAGUACUUCUCUGUGCCACCUACAGAGGACUCUCUACCCGGGAGAAAGUCUUUUGGGAUCUUGCGGCUACCCGGGCAGUUUUUGGAGUACAGUGCAUCAUUGCAGGACUCACUGCGUUACUCUUUGAUCCUGUACUUGCAUCUGACCAGAUCACAGCACAGAGAGGAUGGGCUUGGUUCACCAUUUUAACAGCAACUGGAUUCUUCCUGUUUGAGAACAUAGCCCUGCAUGUCUCUAAUCUUGUGUUUUGGACGUUUGAUGCUUUUUUAGCUACCCACCACUUUUUUGCUUUUCUGGGCUAUUUUGGUGUGAUCUUUUGCACAACAGCUGGACAUUAUUUGGCCAUGGUUACUUUAUUGCUGGAAAUGAGUACACCUUUUACCUGCGUUUCAUGGGUGCUGCUAAAGGCGGGCUGGUCACAUACCUUAUUUUGGAAGGCAAAUCAGUGGCUUAUGAUUCACAUGUUCCACUGCCGUAUGGUCCUUACUUAUCACCUCUGGUGGGUAUUGCUUUACAACUGGGAUCGCUUGGUGACUGCAGUACCAUUGGCAUAUAUUGUGUUUUUCUUUACUGGCUUAGCUUUAGUGACUCUUGUUCUGAAUCCAUAUUGGACCUACAAAAAGACCCACCAACUGUUGACUCCUGCUGACUGGAACUUUGAACCAGCGUCCUCAAAGGCAAAGGUGAUCGCUAAUAGUGGUGGAGUUACUUUAAAGAAGAAUAAGUAAAUAAACCACAAAGCAGUUUUGUAUGAUAUUACAAAGACCACCGUUUUAUUGUAGUACUGUGAUGGAACAUGAUAUUGUUAGUAUUGGCUAUCCAAAAUGUAUGUGUGGCCAUAUGGUAUUUAUUUCAUGCAUCUCCGUUACUAUGUUUAGUGUUUUUUAAAACCUUUUUAUUCAUGUGCAUAACCUAGAUAUUUAUAACUGCAUAGACAGAAUUUUCAUUUUAAAAAGAUAGACUAACUAAAAAAAAAAAAAUCACCAUGGCUUGCUUUUUGUUCUCAUGCGUUUUUUCAAUGAGUGUUUUCAUCAUGCGUUUUCUCAGGUUAUGUGCUCAGCAUAGAGGGAGGUGUAGGAAAAUCUUUCGGUUUUCCAAAUUUGUCUAGGCCAAGAGUACAGGGAGGGGGUCGGGUAAUCAUAUAUUUUCAUGCAUUCUCAUUGAUCUCUAUUGGCCCCUUGAUGUACAUUGAGGGAUGAAAAAAACAUACUUGAACUAUUCUGUAUGGCCUAUUGCAACACAUAUGUGAACUAGAUCCAUUAAAAACAAUGGGAUGCCAUAUAAUAAUAUAUAUAAUAUAUAAUAUGUUCUUUGAUUUGUUGUAACGCAUGCGUUAUGACACAUAGUUGCUUGAAUGCUUUUAGGAAAUUAUUCCUAAUAUUGUCUUCUACAGUAGAUGUUUGAAGCUGUCUUCCUCUGUUCUUCUUCUUCUUCUUUUUUUUUUUUUUUUGCAACAAAUGGGGUCCUUACAGAGAACAUAAGAGGGGUAUGAUUGCUAAGGGCAGCUCAUAUAUUUUGUCAUUAUUAAAAAAAAUAUAAAAUAAUGCAUAAUUUCCCACAUUUUUUACUUUGAGGCUACAGCUACAAUGUUGUGAUCUAAAAUGCUUUGUAGCUCAUGCCUUAUCUAUGCAAAGCAGCCUAGUUUACUUUCAAGUAAGAAAAGCCAUUACACAUACGGUUUACAGUGCCUGAAAGGGUUUUUGUAUGGUACAAAGGCAGUUAAAGUAGAACUAAAAACAAAACCCUUCCUUUUUUAUGUCGUUUAGCACACCCCAGUCAGUUUUUUUUUUUUUU